AAUCACAACCUCUUUCCCUUGAACUCAACAACUCAUUCCUUCAAAAUGGCUAUCACUAGUGCUAUUAACGACCUCUUCGCCUCCAUCUACGAGCUUCUCGCUUCGGUCUUCAACACCGUCUACACUAUCAUUCACUCUAUCCUUUCGGCGGUUCUGGGCUUUGUUCAGGGGCUUUUCAACCUUAUUGGUGAUGUCGUCUCUGGUCUUGUGGACGUCACUGGUGGUGUUGGCAAAUUUGUAGCCAGCAAUGCUGCUAUUCUGGCCGUCGGUGCACUGGGUGCUUUUGCGUAUGUGAGAUAUACUGCGCAGGGAAAACAGGUUGCGAACAAGAAGACCCAGUAGAUACCUUUCGCUGUUUGAUGGGUAAUGCAGACCUAGGUUAAUUGAGAAUUAAUUACAUCUUACUUU